UUUUCUUCCUCUUCUACCCCGUUUUCGCUUUCUGCUUCUUUGUCAAAGUUUACAAUAUCACACGAAACAGGAGAUUUUCAUUGCAACAAUUUUAUAAAUUUUCGUAGGACAAUCAAUAAAUUUCUGUCCCAAACUAUGAGAAAUCGCUAAACAAGCCCUUGGAAAAUGUGUGGAAACAGAAGGAAUUACGUAAUGAUGCCACAAAACUUAUUUUGAAAUAAAAUAAAAAUUUUCAUGAAAAGUCGUUUCCCAAAACAGAAGUGUAUAGUGUAUGUGCGUGUGUAGUAGUGUGAGCGAUUCGUGGAUUCGUUGCUUUUUGUCUUUUAUUAACAGAACAGAGUGUAUCCGAGUACGUAAAGUGUGAGUGAGUUGUGUAAAACAAGAAGAAGCAGAGUGCUGGGCUGACUGGCUGGCUGGCCUAAACCACCUCAAGAAAAAAGUGAAAAACCAGCAUCGAGGAGCUGAUGAAGCACUGAAAAUAACAAGUUGUGGCCAGCCACGAAAAUACAGGCUUAGCUUGUUGACCAAAAGUGUACCACCACAAGAAAAGGGAGACAAAUAGUCGUCUAUCCACACAGCUAACGCAGUAACUAACGAAUACACCAAAAGAAAAUAUACAAAAAAGAAAAAAAAAAAACAUAAUAAAAAAGCACAACAUAACUACUAAUCGUGCGUGAUCGUUCAUCGUAUAAUCGAGAAAAUCUAAUGACAGUGUGCAGUGUGGUAACAAGGAAAAGCAAAGCAACAACAACGAAGGCGAGUGACAACGUCUACUUGCUUUGGAUUUAGUUUCACAUAAAGAAAAGAAUAACAGAAAUCCAUAUGUAAAACAAAACAGAAAGAACAAAAAGAAAUACAUAAUCGAGGAGAUAAGUGUCACGAAUCGACUUGUCCACCUUUGAACGAGCGUCUUAGACAAUCAAUUUAAUCACAUGCAAGUGAAAAGGCCUAAUUGCGCCGAACGACACGUAUCCUGUAAUUGAUCACCCCCUCAAAACAUCUAGUCUUGUGUGCAUUUCAUUAUACAGAGGGAGGUGGCGAAGUGCACUCUAAAGGAACGAGCGAGUUGGCGAGCGGCAGUUGAAUAAACGAGGGCGCUGCAGCACCUCUUGCCCUUCUCUCAAUAUUCGUAAUCAACUUCAAGGAGAAAUCAAUAUAACCGGAGGCAGGAUCAAAAUACAUUAAGAGGUGGCAACUGCCAGUGCCAAAAUAACUGGGAUCUUCAGAACGAAACUCUUGUUGCCUCUAUUCCACACUCAAUAUGGCCACCAGCGAUGACGAACCUAUGCAUUUGUAUGAAGUCUUUCAGAACUGUUUCAAUAAAAUAGCAAAUAAGCAACCAACAGGUGCCGGAGCUAAUGUCGGUGGACCCGGGGAUCGCAAUGGUGGCUAUCAAUCGGCAUAUGGAGGACUUGGUGGCAUGGAGAAUGGAAUGUACGGUGGAGACGACUUUAAUCCGAUACACGAGGGAGCCUCCGGCAGUGGCAUGCGAUAUUCGGGGAAUGCACCAGUAGAUCAAUAUUUUGAUGGCGGAAUCGGUAAUGGUGGAAACGCCGGUGGAAGUGGAGGUUGGUAUGGGUCGCCAGUAGGUGGAACUGGUGCAUACGGCGGCCAGACAGGAUAUCAAAAUAAUGGGCCCAUGAGCAGUCAUCAUUUGGGAGGUCCUCCUCAACAUCAUGAUCCUGACGCACAUCAUAUGGGUCCAAAUACAGCUAUGGGCGGCCUCCAAAUGGAUCCUGGUCACGUGGGCAUGCACAGUCCAGCGCCAACUCUGCUGCCUCCUAUGAGUUCUUUUCGCGGCAGUAAUACAAAUAAUAUACAACAAAUCGGUGGGAAUCAAGCUGCACACUCUCCUGCUCUAUAUAACUCACCACAGCCGCAUAGUACUCCACACAGUUCUAUGUCGACGCCGGGUCCACAUCCUAACCAUCAUCCUUUGGGCGGUCUUCACGCCGCACCCCAUAGUCCUGCAAUUCAAAAUGAUGCUUUCGCUGUGGGUGGAGUGGGGGUGUCUAGCGGUGGUGUCAAUAUUGGACCGAAACCCUCCUCCACAUCCAGCGUUGGAGGUGGUGUGUCAGGAACAAAUGGUCCAAAUAGUGGAAUGCGCCAACACAUGUAUAUGUCAUCAACUCCAGCCGAUCAGUCCAUCAGCAGUUUUAGUUCAAAUCCCUCAACCCCUGUGAAUUCGCCUCCUCCUCUUACCCAAAGCGGUCUAGUGGGCCAGACAAUGAUGGUCGAUAAAAGUGGAGUCGGACAAUCGGGCCCACCCGGCUCGGGUUGGGGCCACAAUGUUCUGAACGGUGCCGGUCCCAGUAGCAGCAGUACUGUAAGCGGCGGUGCUAGCGGCAACUACGCAUCUGAUAUGGGGUUAUCCGGUCUACAUUCCCUAGACGACGCUCUACAUGUGCUGCGCAAUCAUUGUGAACCCGAGCUUUUAAGCGGCGUAAGUGCGACGCUCUCCGCUAUGGACAAUAUGGAUGGAUUGUCUUCGUUUGUGCCAACAUCCCCGUCCGGACACGGUAUGGUUUCGGCCGGUGCCGGUCCCGGACCCUCAGUGCUUAACACAACACACGACGUGAUGUCGGCGGGUCCGUCGUCCGUGCAAAAUGUGGCAGGCGUUGUAGGAGGACUAGCCCCCCAGAUAAAGAUGGAACGCACAUCCACAAAUGUGAGCGGAAGUGGUACAUCGGGUUCCGCCGGUACGACAAAAGGAAAGAAACGAAAAGAACAAUCAGCCGGCGCAGCUGCCUCUGCUGCUUCCAGUGGUGCUCCAUCCACGUCAGCAAUGAAUAACAUGCUCGAUGUAACAGACACGAAGCCCAGCAGCUCAAUGGAAGGUUCUCAGCAUGGACAGGGACCUCUAUCCGGAAAAGGCACGAAGCGACCACGACGUUAUUGCUCAUCGGCGGAUGAUGAUGAUGACGCAGAGCCCGCUGUGAAAGCCAUGAGAGAGAAAGAAAGGCGUCAAGCGAAUAAUGCACGCGAACGUAUUCGUAUACGGGACAUAAACGAGGCGCUGAAAGAACUCGGCCGUAUGUGUAUGACACACCUAAAAUCCGAUAAGCCUCAGACCAAGCUGGGAAUACUAAAUAUGGCCGUCGAAGUAAUUAUGACACUGGAGCAGCAGGUGAGGGAACGCAACUUGAAUCCCAAAGCUGCCUGCCUCAAGCGGAGAGAAGAGGAGAAGGCCGAAGAUGGGCCAAAGUUGGCGGCCCAACAUCAUAUGUUACCCCAACCCCCACCGGGAGUUUACGGGCAACCGCCACCACAAUUACCACCGACAGCCCAAAGCGGUCUCCCACCCGUAGGUCAGCCACCUCUGCAAGCGCAACAACCAGGUGUACAACUGCCGCCUCAUUUACAAAGCCACAAUCCCGCGCCCCAUUCACAAUAGCAGGCGCAUAGCAGUCUAAACGAUCCGCCCACUUCCCUUCUGCCAACAGAUAUCGCCGCACAUCAAACCAGCCACCAGCAGCUGAAUACACAGCCGCAUCAAUCCCGACAUCAGUCCUCCGGAUCUGAUCUGGAGCAACAUCUGAUGAGUAAUCUGAGUUUGUUUCGACGACGUCAUCCACAGGCACAGUCCGGUGCCAUGUCAAACCCCCAUCAUCAACAGCAGCAGCAGCAGCAACAACACCCACCACCUCCGUCACCACAUCUUCUAAUGCAUCAUCAGCACCAACUGUAGGCAGCCAUAAAAAAGUGAUGUCCUUCCUUGCCUACUGCAUACACUUGUAUGUACACUGUUACUUUGGAUGUCCCGCCGUCAUGGUAUCGCAUAAAUUGUAAAUAGCUAUAAAGAAAUCUAUUCUCCGAAUUCGGUUUUAGAACUGUAAUGUGUCCUAUUUUUUACUUUACGAUAUUCUUUCUUUUUUAUUAGUUUGGUUUAGUUUUCUUCUUUGCCCCUAGACAAACUCCUUCUUAUGCCACCAUCCGACUAUGUUUAAGAUUCAUGUUCGAAUUGUGUAUAAAGUAGAGAUCAAUCAUUAUUAACAUUCAAUAGCUCUCUAUAGCAUAGAAUGAAGGGUACGCGGCACGUGUCGCUAGAUAAAUGUGGAAGAGCUCGGUAGGUUAAAUCUAUAAUUCUUUUUGAUUCACUGAAAUUCUUCAUAUGCUCCGUAAGUCAUUCAUGCCUUCUGCGAUUGUGUAUCCCUUUUGGAUGUCAUUUGUUGUUUAUUCGUGCAUAUUGUCGCGCAACCCUGUGUGAUGUCUUACAUAUUACCUUUCAAUUUUUGUUAGGUAUGCAUUAAAGUCUUUGUUCAUAUAUAUAUUUUUUUUUUGUUAAAUGGUGGUUUAUAAUCGGUAACCGACUCAUUUCAAUGCGCGAGAUCUAAAUACAACUAAGUGCUAUCACCAUAAUUUGGUCUUAGAUACCAACAUUUUGCAACCCUCUCGGUUCGAUGUUAUUCGAUAUUUUAGCCAAAGUAAGCGUGCGUAGCACAUACUUGUACUAAUUUCAAGCAUUGAAAUGAAAAAAGAAAACAUUUCUGCCAAGCACAAAAUUGUCGUCGCAUAUUAAAGAUGCCAAUUGUAAUCAUAUACAAUUUGAAGUUCGGUGCAGAGUUAACGUCUACCCCCAACCAGUUAGUAUAAAAUGUGAGAUUGGAUUAAAACCUAUCUCGGCAAGAGAUGGUUUUAUCUAAAAUUAAGUAAAGGGCCAUAUACACGCAUCCGUACAUAAAAAGGAAUUGUUUGUUGUAAUAAUUAAAAUAAUAAAAAUAAGGAAAUAAUGUUAAGGUCCUUGAAAGAAUGUAAUCAAAUAAAUAAAAUAUUCAUUAUUACACAAAUAAAUCGACACAAAUUAUUAAGCUAAAUUAUAUACAAAAAUACUAUAUAUAGAUAUUUAUAGUUUAUAUAUACAUAUUAUAUAAAUAUGGAAAACAAAUGAAACAUUACAUUAAUAAUGUAUAUUCGAUUAAAAUAAAAAGAAAAACUUAAAAAAGAGAUAGUCCUGUAAGAUGAUAUUAGUCCGUAAGAAGAAAAAAACGAAGAAAACAAUUUCCUCCCCAUCCCAAAAACAAAAAAACACAUCCCUUAAACGUCACAACAAUUAUACCUUGACAAAGGAUUCGAGAAUUCCAAGUAUAGCCAUCCAGACGUACAACAUAAAUCAGCGCUUACGUAUGAACCACCUGAAUGUAUGCAAAGAGCUCUUUUGUUAGAUUGUAUUGUGAAUUUAACAAUUAAUCACUUUGAAAUCACCGAAAUCCCAUAUGAUUACAACAGAGCUUUUAAUAAUGUCUUUUUGAAGCUAAAAUCCUUCAAGGAAUUCAAAAAAAAAAAAAAAAAUACAAGUGCAAUACAUAGCCCUACUGGUGACUACCGAUGACUAUCGGUCGAAGGGCUAUGUAUUGUCUUUUAUUUGAAAUAUAAAUUGCAUCAAAGGGAUAUUAUCAAAAGCUCACACACUCACCCACAGACUCAACAAAGUUUCAUAUCAAUAAAGGAAAGAAGGAAUCAAACAAAAAGACAUGUUAAGGAUAAAGUAGAAAAUUACAUACAUAUAUCUAAGAAAACAACGCGCACACAUACACAAAGAAACGUACAUAUGCAGCUUUACCUGGAAUUUUCAUCUAAUUGUAUGUAGUUUAGACCAAAAAUUAAAGAAAAAAAUCAUGCAAAGUUUGUCAUGCCAUAUAUACGUCGGAGGUCAGACGCGUAUAGUGUCACUGAAGGGAGGAGAGUGCGUUUGCCGGCGAGGGGGGAGGAAAAAGUAAAACAUUCCUUACUUACUCCUCUCUUCUCUUUGCACAAAUCAAACCCAGUGUCCUUCCAAUGAGACAGACUCGACGUGUCGGACUCCCGACUAUCAUUAUUGUAUUAUAGUAAAAUUACUAGGUGAACAUUUUUUCUUGUUCUGAAUUAUCCAUUACAUCUUUCGUUUGUUUUGAAAGGCAUCUAUCUAUCAAUCACAAAAUACAACAGUAAAGAAACCCAUCGUUCUCUUAUAGCAUAAUUUUGUAUUUGUUUUACUUUUUUUUUCUUUUAAUUAUUAUAUUUUAUUUGACCUAAGUAUUGUUUAACAAACACCUACACAAUUUUUUUAUAAUUGUAUUAAUUUUAUUUAAAUGUAAUUAUUGUUUAACAUUUUUUUUUAUCAAUUUUAUUAAUUAUAGAUAGACAGAUACACACACAAAUCGUCAUAUAUUGCUCAUAUAAAAUAUUUUUUAUACUUAAAUUUAUUCGGAUUUUUAUUUCUUUAUACAUAUAUUUUUUACAUUAUACAAUUUUUAAAAUGCAAAACAAAACAAUGAAAAGAUUACCAGUUUCAUUUUUAUUAUUAAUAGUGGUUGACAAACGCCAUGAUUAUCAUUGGUCGAUCGGUCGAUCAAUCAAUAGUUCAAUCGAAAGACCGAUUGUAUUUUAUGCUCAAUUGUAUCAAAUAAAACGAAAGCAAAGCAAAAGGCAACAACAAUUAUGUUAUGGAAAUGAAACGAAAUAAAUAAAAUUUAUAAAAUAAUAAUAAAAACCACAAAAUAUGUAUUAUUAAAUGCUAUUGAAGAACGUCAAAAUAUAUUAUAUACAUAUGUAUAUUGUAUGUACUUAAAAAUGUUAUCAA